AUGGGCAUGUUCACAGUGAUGUGCAACAUGGAAGGGCGGUGCAAAGCCCACAAGAGGCUAACAGGCACUGAGAUUUUUCCAACCGCACGAAUCGUCGUUGUGAAUCGAGAAGAACUCCUCUUUUAUGAGUGGAUUCCCUACAAAAAUGACAUGAUUUCGGCCUCCAGUGGUGCCAAUGUCAAGCACAAGGACUUGAAGGCACAUGAGAAGGGCGACAAGAAUGGCAAGUCUGAUGCUAGAACGUCUGAGAGGACGGACAUUUCCUGCACUCACGGGCCUGGUGCUGAGGGAGAUCCCGUGGGAGUCUUGCUGGGAGCGGAGAACCUACCGAUGGUGGGUGCAGCCGGUGUCUUGGUAUUACCAAGGAGGCAGGCUGAGAAGGCGCCCGAGAAAGUGCCUGAGAAAUCCAGGAAAAAGGCCCAGGUGGACUUCACCGAUCUUGUAGCGCUUCUGGCCGAUGAAGAGCUGGAUGGUUGGGGCGGCGCUGAGGAACCAGCCUGGCAGCUCUUUGAGCGUCGCAAGGAGCAACAAAACUUCCAUCGGCGACAGCGGGCGGAGAGAAGCUAUGCAUAG